AUGGAGAGAGAGAGGCGCAAGCGCGACAGGAGCCACCAGCACCAGCAGCUUCCUCACCAGCAGCAUCAGCACCAGCAGCACCAGCAGCAGCACCAGUCCAGCCUCAUGGACGCGUUCCCGAGCAACGGCGGCGGCGACGGCGGCGGCGUCGGCGCGAGCUUCUACCACGCGCCGUCGGCUGCCUUUGCCAACUUUGCCUCCAUGGCCUUUGCAUCGGGCAGUGGCAGCGGCCACCAGCACAUGGGCAAUGGUAGCAACGACGCCGUCGCCAUGCCGUUUGCCCAGCUGCCCGCGCACGUCGACGCCGGCAUGGCAGGGUACGAGGACGAGGAGGGGGACGAGGACGAGGAGGAAGACGACGAGGACGACGAUGAGGAAGGAGGCGGCAGGCCGGACGGAGCAGCACACCGCGGCAGCAGCAGCAGCAGCAGCCAGCAAGGAGGAGGAGCAGCAGCAGCCGCCGGCGCAGGGAGCUGCUUCCAGUGCCCCUACUGCGAGAAGCGGUACACGGGCAAGCACGCGCGCAGCAUCUGGCGGCGGCACCUCCAGGACAAGCACGCCAUCCCGCUCAGCCAGCAGCCGCGGCGGACCCGGUGGGACGGCGACAUGAAUCGGCCCAAGAAUGCCGAGGAGCGGCGGCAGCGCAUGCUCGAGAGCAAGCGGCGGUGGGCGCGCAAGAAGCGCCUUGCCGAAAAGGGCCUUACUGCACCGACGACGGACGACGACGACGACGAGGGUGGUGGUCAGAGUGCCGUCCGGCCAGCAGCGCCCUCGCAGAGCAGCCGUCGUGCGCGGGCCUCGUCGCACUCGGUGGCGCAGGCUCAUGCUCAUGCUCAGGCACCGCAGCUGCUGCCACCACAGCAGUCACAACAACAACAGUCGCAGCAACAGGCACAGCAACAGCAUCAACAACAGCAGCCACAGACACAGACACAGCCAAUGAUGCCUGCGUUCUUCGAGGCCGGCGGCUUCCCCACGAUGCCCCUCGCCAGCGCCGCCGCCGUCGCAGGCCCGCGCUCGGCAUGGCCAUCGGCCGAGAGCUCCCUCGCAGCGGCGCGCGACUUUGGCCGGCCACACGACGCCGUGGCCAUGAUGGCCAACAUCGCAUCGCCGCGCCAGGCCCUCGCCCAGCUCGACGGCAACCAGGGCGUGGCCUCGUCGCGCUUCAUCAAGAUCAAGGACGAGACGCGCGCCGUGUACGACAAGCAGCAGCAGUCGCAGCAACAGCAGGCGCAGCAGGCGCAUACACAGCAGUCGCAGCAUCCGUCGCAGCACAAGACGCCCGUCAACCGCUUCAGCCAGCUGUAUCCCACGCCGCCGUCGAUGGGAAGCGGCAGCGGCAGCGGCGACUCGCUGCGCUUCUCCCUCGACGGCUUCUUUUCCUCGACGCCCCGCCAGCACGUGUCUGGGCAGCACCAGCAGCAACAGAGGGGCAAGCACAGCCAGCCGCUGCUGUCGCCGCCGACAUCGACGCACGCCGAGAGCAGCCCGUCGAAUGCCAAGCACAAUCCCUUUUCCCUCGACCGGCACCGCGUCUCGCCGCGUGCUGCCGCUGCUGCUGCUGCUGCUGCCUCGGCAGCGGCGACUACGACUGCCUCGCCUGUGCGUGCCGGCCUGGCCGCGCACUCGCCCGUGCGAAGCAACAAGCGCGGCAGCCCCACGGCCAGGCGCCUGCCCCCGCUCAUGCGCACCCCGCUCUUUGGCGGUGGCGGCGGCGGGACAAGCACCGACGCCUCGCCGCUCGCGCUCAACCGUGCCUUUGGCGGCGCAAGGAGCAGGCCCCAGCGCGCCAAGGUCGAGACGCCGACCGAGGACCACAUGGAGCGCAUGCUCGGCUUCACCCCCAUCAAGGCCCGCCAGCCCACGCCGCGGCGCAAGGAGAGCAGCGAGCGCCACCAGGUCAGCCGUGCCGGUGCCGGUGCCGGUGGCGAUCCCUCGAGCGACGACGGCAGCAACAACAACGGCGACAGUGGCGAAAGCAGCGGCGGCGGCGAUAACGAGGGCCUGCCCGCCCUCUUUUCCUCGCCCGCCCACCCGAACCUGACGCAGAGCCUCGGCCUGGCCCCACACCGCUCUGGCCUCGCCUCGAUCAACGCCACGCCCUUUGCCAAGCUCCAGCCGCUGCUCGGCCACUCGCUCGGCGCCUCGUCGCUCCAGUGGCCCGACAGCGUCGUCCGUCCGUCCAUGUACCGCCGCGCCGACGACGACGACGACGGCCUCAGUCUUGGUGAUGACGACGACGACGACGAUGACGAUGACGGCCCACCGCAGGGCGGCGAUGGCAGCCCUGCCCGCAAGCGCAGCCGCGUGUCUUCGAAGCCAGCCGUGGCUUCCUCGACGAUGACGACGCCCAGACGACUUGGCCCCCUAGCCUCGCCCACCUUCUCGUCCUCGUCCUCGUCCCUCUCGUCGUCCAAGUGGCUCAAGCUCCGCGCCGACGACCUCGCCGCGAGCUCCUCCGCCGACGACAACGGCCACCUAGCCCCGCGGCCCGCCCUGGCCGAGCGACGCGCCAACUGACCAUGACUCGAACCCCCGAACCUCUGAACGUGAACCCGAACCCACACCCUGUACAUGAAUAGACUUUGCACGCGCUCC